AUGGCUAGUUCAAGUACACAAGAUUUAGUUGUCGAUGGAGCAGAGUUGAGUCAUCCCAUAACAAUCAAACGUGGCAAAACAUCGCGCAUAUAUCAAGUUAUUGCAUAUCCAACACAAUUGACAAGAAAGAUAACAAAUGGCUUCCUCGAUGGAACAACUACACCGGAUCCAAAAACAAUGAAAAGAUGUCGAUGGCAUACUGCUGGAAUAAUUCGAUUUCAUGUUAAUCCUGAAACUAAUCUGAUUUAUGAAGCACGACCGGAUUUAAAUGAACUCGAAGUAACACUUGAAUGUCUUUUGGAAGAAUCUCACAAGGAAGAAUUAGCUAUACGAGCUGAAGAAGUAUAUGGAACAGAGUUCUCAGCCGAUAAUUUUAUCAUUUCCCCAUUUCAAACAUUCAUGGCACAAUUGACAAUCCGCAUUAGUGGCGUAACGAGAACUUAUUAUGGAAUAUUGGAUGAUAACAAAGAAUUGCAUCCGAUGCGAAUCAUUUUCAAUAUUGAAGAUCGGGAUGAAAUAUCGGAAAUUGCUUCAAAACUCGAUCAACCACGUGGUCAUGAUAUUGUAUUACGUUACGACUAUAGUCUUAGUGGCACUUCCACAGCUCAUGCUUCCUUGACAAUCAGUGCUGAGGAUGUGAAUAAAAUUGAUUUGGAAAAACAAAUAUUUGGCAAGAGUCAAGCUGAAAAAUUGGUGGUGAGUCGAUCAUUUAUGGAUAAAAUCACAGCUAGCAUUACAACGAAAUUGAGGGUUGUGGAAGAUAUUGGAGUUGGUGGUUCAUCAUUCGGACAAGAUUUAAUUAGACAAGAAAUUGCUAAUGCCAUGUCUGCUAGUGGUUUUCAAAAAUUUAGUAUAGAUGAUAUAAAAGAAAUGCAAAGUGCCGAUACUGAUAUUACGGAUGAUUUAAAGGCAAAUAUAAUUAAUUCAGUAUCAUCAAGCAAUGCCAAUAGCUCAGAAUCAACUGAUCAUACUUUGGAUGAGUCAUCAUCAGCUGAUUCAUCAGAUAUUUUAAAUGAAAAAAGUAAUGCUAAUCGCAACGCGGGAGGUCAGUCAUCUGAAUCAUCAAGCAAACUUGGAUUGAACGCAAGUUUCGGGGGUUUUGGCGGUGGCUUUGAGAUGAGCAAUUCAGAUUCACAGUCCAGAAAUUUUGACAAUUCAAAUAGUUCAGCUAAUAAAAAUCAUGAACAAAUAUCUUCCGAAUCAUCACGUAAGAAUGAAAAAUCAGGUAGUAAAAAAAACUCCAAUUCGAAUAGCAAUGCAGUUCAAGGUCAAAUCAAACAAACAAAAAAUAUUGACGCGACCAUCGUUCAUCGAUCCGAUAUAGUAAAAGGUUUUAAUAUUUCGUUAUCAAAAUUUCAUCAACAACUGGCAACAACAAGCAUAAAAGGUCGAUUAACAACAAAAGCAGAUGUAGAAAUGCAAGAGGAAAUUGAAGCAAAAGAGAAUGCAGAACGAGAAAAACAAGCUCGAAAAGAAGAAGAAGCAAAAAUUGCAAAGAAAAAAAUGGUGCGCCAAGAAUCUGAGUUAACACCGCAACAAGUCGAUGAUCUCUUACAUUCAAUCGAUGGUCUCGAUGAAGACAAGUUAAAAGAAAUGCAUGCAGAAUUUAUGAAACUCUGUCCCGAUGGAAAAAUGAUAAAAGAAGUCUUUUCUAAUGCUUUUCGAACUUUAUAUCCAAAAGGAAAAGUAAAUAACUAUUGUCGAUACGCAUUUAAUAUAUUCGAUCAAGAUAGCACUGGAGCAUUAAAUUUUACUGAAUAUGUAAUAGCUAUGCAUGCUCAUGAAUCAGAUGAUUUAGAAGAUAGUCUUGGUUUAGCAUUCGAUGUAUUUGAUUAUGAUAAAUCUGAAACAAUCGAUCAAAGAGAAAUACUCCACAUGAUAACUUCUACCAAUGAACUUCUCGGUAAACCUUGUGAUAUACCAAGUGCAAAAAAUCUUGCGAAAAAAAUUCUGGAUACCUGUGAUAAAGAUCGAAAUGGAAAAAUAACAAAAGAAGAAUUUUUAAAUGGCUGCAAAAAUAAAAAAGAGUACUGUGAAAUCUUAUUACCAAAUUUUGAAAACAUUGCGACAGUCCUCGAUCCAAACUAUGAGGGCGAAUUGGUAUAUGGUAAAAAGAGCGGAAAUGGCAUUUACACGUGGUCCGAUGGUCGCCGGUACGAGGGACAAUGGAAAGAUGACAUAAGACAUGGACAUGGUAUCGAAACUUUGGCCAAUGGUGAACGAUACGAAGGAGAAUGGAAAGCUGACAAGAAGAAUGGAAAAGGUGUUCAGACUUUUUCCAACGGUAAUCAGUACGAGGGAGACUGGAAAGAUGACAAGAGAAAUGGGAAAGGCGUUUUAACCUGGGCCGACGGCCACCGGUAUGAUGGAGGUUGGAAAGACAACAAUAGGGAUGGAAAAGGCGUUUUAAUCUGGCCCGAUGGCAGGCGGUACGACGGAGACUGGAAAGAUGACAAGAGAAAUGGGAAAGGCGUUUUAAUCUGGGCCGACGGCCACCGGUAUGAUGGAGAUUGGAAAGACAACAAUAGGGAUGGAAAAGGCGUUUUAAUCUGGGCCGAUGGCCAACGGUAUGAUGGAGACUGGAAAGAUGACAAUAUGAAUGGAAAAUGUGUUUUCACGCUGCCCAACGGCGGUCGGUAUGAGGGAGACUGGAAAGAUGGGAAGAAGAAUGGAAAAGGCGUUUUUAAAUGGUCCAACGGCAAUCGUUACGAAGGAGACUUUAAAGAUGACACAAUGACCGGAAAAGGCGUUUACAUAUGGUCCAGUGGCAGUCGAUACGAGGGAGACUUCAAAGGCGAUAAUAGUCAUGGACAAGGCAUUUUUACCUCGACUGAUGGCUCUCGGUAUGAGGGAGGUUGGAAAGAUGACAAGAAGAAUGGAAAAGGCGUUCAGACUUUGUCCAAUGGUAAUCGAUUUGAGGGAGAGUGGCAAAACGGUGAGAGAAACCCAAAUGGUCGUCUUGUCUGUCCGAGUGGUAUGCAAUGGAACGGACAUAUCAAUGAUAACUUGAUGCAAACAGCAAGAUGA